AUGGAUCCAUCUGAGCAUGAUGGAAAUGGGGCCUCAGAAGCUCUUCCUCCUCCACCUCCCGUUCCUCCAAAUGUGACUCCUAUAAAAGUUGUUACCGAACCAGAAGUGAAAAAAGUUUAUCGGGCUCCAAUGGCUAGACGUGGGUUUGGAACUAGAGGAAACAAAGUUCCUAUCCUAACCAACCACUUCAAAGUGAAUGUGAAUAAUGUUGAUGGGCACUUCUUUCAUUAUAGUGUUGCCCUUUUCUAUGAAGAUGGCCGCCCUGUUGAUGGCAAGGGUGUCGGUAGGAAAGUGCUUGACCGAGUUCGUGACACAUACGAUUCUGAGUUGGCUGGCAAGGAAUUUGCUUAUGAUGGAGAGAAAAGUUUGUUCACUGUUGGCUCACUUCCUCGCAAUAAACUUGAGUUCACUGUUGUGCUUGAGGAUGUAACAUCGAGUAGGAACAAUGGGAAUAGCAGUCCCGGAGGAAAAGGGAGUCCCAAUGAAAGUGAUAAGAAAAGGUUAAGACGCCCUUACCAGUCCAAAACCUUCAAAGUGGAGAUAAGUUUUGCUGCUAAAAUUCCUAUGCAAGCCAUAGCAAAUGCUUUACGUGGCCAGGAAUCAGAAAACUCCAUGGAGGCCUUUCGGGUUUUGGAUAUCAUCUUAAGACAACAUGCGGCAAAGCAGGGUUGUCUUCUGGUUCGUCAAUCGUUCUUCCAUAAUGAUCCAAAGAACUUCGCUGAUGUUGGAGGCGGUGUUCUUGGCUGCCGAGGAUUCCAUUCAAGCUUCAGAACUACACAAAGUGGCUUAUCUUUGAAUAUUGAUGUAUCUACGACCAUGAUCAUCCAGCCAGGGCCUGUUGCUGACUUUCUGUGUGCCAAUCAAAAUGUGAGAGAUCCGUUCUCAGUUGAUUGGGCAAAGGCCAAACGCACUCUUAAGAAUUUGAGGAUCACAACAACUCCUACAAACCAAGAGUUCAAAAUAACUGGGUUAAGUGAAAAGCCUUGCCGAGAGCAACUGUUCACACUAAAGCAGAAAAGUAAGGAUGGUGAUGGCGAACCGAUAGAAGUGACUGUCUAUGACUACUUUGUGAAGCACCGUAACAUUGACUUGCGAUAUUCUGCUGAUCUCCCUUGCAUUAAUGUUGGGAAGCCUAAACGACCAACAUAUUUCCCUGUUGAGCUAUGUUCUCUGGUCUCAUUGCAACGUUACACAAAAGCUCUGUCAACUUUCCAACGCUCAUCCUUGGUUGAGAAAUCACGACAAAAGCCACAGGAGAGGAUGUCGGUGCUGAGUAAUGCUUUGAAAAUCAACAACUACGAUGCUGAGCCUAUGCUUCGUUCUUGCGGCAUUUCCAUCAAUGCUAACUUUACUCAAGUUGAGGGCCGUGUUCUCCCACCCCCUAAGCUAAAAGUAGCUAACGGAGACGAUCUGUUUACUCGGAACGGAAGGUGGAAUUUCAAUAAUAAGAAAUUUGUUAAUGCUUGCAAGAUUGAGCGCUGGGCAGUGGUUAACUUCUCUGCUCGCUGUGAUGUGCGCAGCCUGAUCAGAGAUCUGACGAAAGUUGGUGAAUCAAAAGGAAUAACUGUGGAAGAACCAUUUGAUGUUUUCGAAGAAAAUCAGCAGUUCAGACGUGCCCCACCCAUGGUUAGAGUGGAUAAGAUGUUUGAAGAGGUGCAGUCGAAGCUUCCUGGCCCACCAAAGUUUCUACUUUGUUUGCUCCCAGAGCGAAAGAAUUGCGACAUCUAUGGUCCAUGGAAGCGCAAAAACCUGUCUGAUUUUGGAGUUGUCACUCAGUGCUUGGCUCCCAUGAGAGUCAACGAUCAGUAUCUUACCAAUCUUCUGUUGAAGAUUAAUGCCAAGCUUGGUGGGCUGAACUCUAUGUUAGCCGGUGAGAUAUCUCCUUCAAUUCCUGUAGUAUCUAAGUCUCCCACCCUGAUUCUUGGCAUGGAUGUGUCACAUGGCUCACCUGGACAAUCUGAUAUUCCAUCAAUUGCUGCUGUUGUCAGCUCGAGGCAGUGGCCUUCAAUUUCUCGCUAUAGAGCUUGUGUGCGCACUCAAUCUCCGAAGGUUGAGAUGAUUGAUUCACUAUACAAACGUGUGUCCGACACUGAAGAUGAUGGAAUCAUGAGGGAGCUUCUGGUGGAUUUCUAUGUGAGUUCUGGGAAAAGAAAGCCAGAUCAGAUUAUCAUAUUCAGAGAUGGUGUGAGCGAAUCACAGUUCAAUCAGGUUCUGAAUAUUGAACUGAACCAAAUUAUAGAGUCCUGCAAGUUCCUAGAUGAAAAAUGGAAUCCGAAGUUUGUGGUCAUUGUUGCACAGAAAAAUCACCACACCAAGUUUUUUCUGCCAAAUUCUCCUGAUAAUGUGCAGCCAGGGACAAUAAUAGACAAUAAAGUUUGUCAUCCAAGGAACUAUGACUUUUACUUGUGUGCACAUGCUGGGAUGAUUGGCACAACGAGGCCUACUCAUUACCAUGUCCUAUUAGAUGAGGUGGGCUUUUCGCCCGAUGACUUGCAAGAACUUGUCCAUUCCCUAUCUUAUGUUUAUCAGCGCAGUACCACGGCUAUAUCCGUUGUUGCCCCAAUAUGCUAUGCCCACUUGGCUGCCACCCAGUUGGGCCAGUGGAUGAAGUUUGAGGAUGCGUCGGAGACUUCAUCUAGCCACAACGGGGCUGGGCCAGCUACUGCUCCACCUGUUCCCCCGAUGCCUAAGUUGCAGGAGAGUGUGCGUAACUCUAUGUUCUUCUGUUAGGGUGCCUGUAUUAUGUGGACUACUAGGUUGUAUGCAGCUUUUCCGCAUGACUUGAGACGUUUUCCUAUUGAGAGCAGAACUCGUAGCUUUUAGUGUGUUGUAUUUAACCGUGCAGAUCUCCCCGUUGCGAUGUUUUUUGGUUAUCUCUGUAUUGAUCGCACGGGAGGGCAAGCUUGUUUCAGUUGUGGCCUUUGUGAGGGCUCUGAAUCUGGCUAUGCUCCUAAAUUAUGCAUUAGGGUUUUAUCCGACUCCUAAAUAUCCUGUUGCAAAUGCUGAUGUGUUGGUUUAUAUUAGUUUUAUUGUCAAUGUUAAAAA